AUGGGAAUCCCACACUGGCUGGCCCAUCCAACGACCAUCGACCGCGACCUGACCGUAGCGGCCACCGACGACCGCUUCGCGCUCUCGCCGCACACACUCGCGCGGUGCACGCAGGAGGGGAUCACUGAUCUGUUCGCGGUGCAGGCAGCCGUGAUCCCGGUCUUGCGGGCUGCCCACGCACUGUCGCGGCUGCGGCAGCAUGUGCGUGAUCUGUGCGUAUCGGCGCCCACGGGCUCGGGAAAGACCCUGGCGUAUGUUCUGCCGAUUGUCGAGAAGCUGCGCCAGCGGCUGGUAGUGCGGCUGCGGGCGCUGGUGGUGCUGCCGACACGCGACCUGGCAAUGCAGGUCAAGGAGUGCUUUGACCGCUUCUGCCUAGGCACGGAUCUGCGCGUGGGGCUGGCCACCGGUGACGUGUCGCUGGCGCGCGAGCAGGCGAUGCUGGUGGAGACGGCGCCGGUGCGUGUGGGCGGUGCCAGCAAAGUGGAUAUUCUGGUGUGCACCCCUGGCCGCCUUGUUGACCACCUGGCGACACCCAAUUUCUCUUUGCAGCACCUAGAGUUCUGGGUCAUGGACGAGGCCGACCGUCUGCUGGGCGAUGCCUACCACGAAUGGCUGCCGCGCGUGCAGGCCGCCGUGGAGACUGCACGUCCGGCAGAACCGUCUGCGGUGCCGGUGCAUGACGCGUGCACGGUGCGCGAUCCGCUGAUCAAGCUCCAAUUGCUUGCGCGCCCGGCGCCGCGCAUCCAGAAGCUGCUGUUCUCAGCCACGCUGACGCAGGACCCGGCGAAGCUGGCGCGUCUGCAGCUGACCUGCCCCCUGUACAUAGCCAUUGCCCACGGCCCGGGCACCUUCUCGUUCCCGGCGACUCUGCGCGAGCACUACGCGACAUGCGAGCCGCGCGACAAGCCGCUGAUGCUCCUCUACAUGCUGUGGCAACGCCGGGUGGCCGGUGCCGUGUGCUUCGCCAAGUCCCUGGAGGCCGCCCACCGUCUGGCGCAGAUUGUGCAGGCGUGGGCUGCUCAGGUGCCCGAUGCCAACAUCACUGUGGCCGAGUAUUCGAGCGACCUGCAGGCUGCCGAGCGUUCCCGCAUCAUGCACAUGUUCAGGCGCGGCCAGAUCACGCUGCUGAUUUGCUCGGACCUGAUUGCCCGUGGGCUGGAUGUCGGCCAUGUUGAGGCCGUGAUCAACUACGAUGUACCGACGCAUAUGAGCCAGUAUACUCACCGCGUGGGCCGCACCGCGCGUGCUGGCCGU